AUGGAGGGAGAGGACAAAAUUAAAAAAGAACAACACUCGAACGAUUUGCGCCGUCGAGCGAGAUUGGCGGUGAUGAACAGCAAGCGCGUGUUGCUGUCGUCGACGAAUGAUGAUUUCGACGAGAACGAAGAGGAGGACAGUCCCACGAGGAAGGUUUCGGAGGAGGAGGAUGUCACGGUGGUGGUCGAUUUUAUCGGGGACGGGUUACGCGGCGCUCGAAAAUGGCUCGGCGCGGCGACGGUUAUUGAUAAAGAGACGAAAGAGACGACGUUUUACGGCGUUCCGAGCCACGCGAGAAGAGUGUUGAAGGUUGUCGCGAAAACGGGUUUGGUGUCUGUCGUCGGCCCGGAUUUAGGCGAUCGGAAGUUUAAGUAUUUGAGAGGGGUGACGAGCGUGGACGAGGAGAGCGAGGAACCGACGAUAUUUGCGCUUCCCGCGUGGGGGGAUAACGUGUUGAGAUCGGAUUUUAAUCGAGAGGAGGAGAACGAGGUACCGGAGAUUGCGAAUUGGAUGGAGGAGUUGUAUUUACGCGACGCGAACGAUCGGACGAAAUGGGAGGAGAAGUGGAUGUGGCACGGCGGGCAAAUUGCAAAGACAAAAGAUGGAAACUUGUACGCGAUUCCGUGUAACGCGAAAGCCGUAUUGCGGGUGGACGUGAAACAAGCGAGAAACGGGAAAAACGCGACGGAGAAAGCAAAGGCGAUUAGUAUGGUUGGCGAGGAUGUUAUUUCGAAGAUGUCGGGCGCGCAGAACAACAAAUUUUACGGCGGCAUCACCGGAUCGGACGGGAAUAUUUACGGCGUCCCGUAUUGCGCGGAUAAAGUGUUGAAAGUUAUUCCAGACGAAAGAAACCCACGCGUGGAACUGCUCGACGGCGAAGGAGCACUUCACGAGAUUGCGAAAGGGAAAGACUAUAAAUGGCACGGCGGCACGUAUUGCCCGAUUGACGAAUGCAUUUACGGGUUCCCGUCGCAUGCGGAUAAAAUCUUACGAAUCGACUGUAAAACAGGUAAAGUGACGCAAAUUGGUGGUAACUUUCCGCAAGACAUGAACGAAGGGCGGUAUAAAUGGGGUGGUGGGGCCGUCGAUAGAGAAGGUCGCGUGUACGCGAUACCUUCGGAUUGCGCGUGCGUUUUGAGGAUCGAUCCGAGAACGACCGUGAAAGUAAAACAUAUAAUAACAGAAGAGAACAACAACAAUAAGAAUAACAACGAGUGCGGCUAUGAAUCAGAAAGUCAAAAAAGUGCACCUUCGAGCCCAGGUGCGAGUCUGAGCAGUUCGCCGUCUGCGGCGGGUGAAGGUUUUCGCAAAGUAACUUUUGAUUUCAACAAAGCGCGAGAGAAAUCAUACUCCAUGGAGCGGAAAAACAGUAGAAAAAAGCAAACUGUGGUCGAAGUCGAGGAACCGCUCGUGGAGUUCCUCGGUCUCGGACUUCCAGGAAUGCUUCCCAACCUGCGAAAUAAAUGGCAAGGAGGCGUCCUCGCCAACGACGGUAUGAUUUACGGCGUCCCGUGCGACGCGCCGUACGUCCUCCGAAUAAACCCGGAAACUGCCGAGUGUUCAUUCGUUGGCGGCGAUUUAGGCACGAUGGAAGAUAAAUACCAAGGAGGAUUCUUAGCGCACGACGGAUGCAUUUACUGCAUCCCCGAAAAUGCCGAACACGUGAUGCGCAUCCACCCUCCAGGAUCCACCGCCUCCCCGAAAUCUCAAUCCUUGAAAGCGCACAACGCCGCCGUCGAAACGCCGAUACCGCUCACGAAAUCGCAAAGAAAGAAAUUCCUCAACCGACGAAACCGAGAAAGAAGUGGCGGUAGUAAACUCCUCAAUAGCACCCACGUAGCUCACCAUAGCGCAGAGAAGAACAGCAGAUCUUCGUGUUGUCGAUUGUCGUCGUCAAGCCGCGGUUGUUUUUAG